AUGGAAAUUCUAAAUUUGAAACAACAUAGUAGUCUAGCAAAAGUUAUUGGUACCAUGGUCUGCAUUGGAGGGGCAUUAACUAUAACACUAUAUAAAGGGAUGCCAUUGAUUAGCGAUGUCUUUCCAAAUAUAGAAAUAGGAGAAAGUGGAAUUAACAUCUCAGGAAAAUCAGAUUGGAUAGUUGGAGCUUUUCUUCUUGCAACUGGUUGCUUUUUCCUUUCUGUUAUAUAUAUUGUCCAGUAUUGGAUUAUCAAGGAUUAUCAAGAAGAGUUGUUGGUAACAACUAUUUGUUGCAGUUUUACGGUAAUUCUAUCUAUUGUUGCAGCUCUAAUUGUAGAGGGAAAUUCAAAAGCUUGGAUACUCAGACCUGAUAAGAAAUUGGUAUCUAUUUGUUAA